GUGCACACACACAUCCGCACACAAAUACACACAUAUGUACACACACACAGUCAGACAGUAGGGGCUGGCUGACAAAAUCAGGAUAUGACAUCAUUGCCAGGAAGAGAAGCCAAACAACUUUUCUCUCUGCUUUUCGAGUCUUGUUUGUUUUUAGACUGGUCAGGUUUUCUGAUGAGUUACUGAGACAGAACUCUUUAGACAACGGUGUAAUCCAUGUCCUCUGGCUGCUAACUGGAGGCAGAGAAUUUCUCCUGAGAUUUCCCAUAGAUCCCCACAGCAUUCCAAGCAUUCAGGACGGGACUUGAGCCAGCAUCAUCAGUUGAUGAAACAGGAGACUUCAUCUCAUCUAUCCUGACAUUUUUGGUGGAGAUUCUACUAUUAGCACAAGCUCUAGAAGCAUGGCUCUGUGCCUUGGCCAAGUGUUCAGCAAAGACAAGACGUUCAGGCCUCGGAAGCGCUUUGAGCCUGGCACGCAGCGGUUUGAGCUGUAUAAGAGAGCCCAGGCAUCACUGAAGUCAGGGUUGGACCUCAGGAAGGUGGUUCAGCUGCCUGAGGGAGAAAACAUUAAUGACUGGAUUGCUGUGCACGUGGUAGAUUUCUUUAACCGCAUCAACCUGAUCUAUGGAACAGUUAGCGAAUUCUGCACAGAGAGAACUUGCCCCGUCAUGUCUGGAGGCCCUCGCUACGAGUACAGAUGGCAAGAUGGAGACCAUUACAAGAAGCCCACCAAACUCCCAGCCCUCCAGUAUAUGAACCUGCUGAUGGACUGGAUUGAAUCGCUCAUCAACAAUGAGAAUAUCUUCCCUACACGCAUAGGGGUUCCUUUUCCGAAGAACUUCCAGCAGGUCUGCAAAAAGAUUCUAAGUCGGCUCUUCCGUGUGUUUGUGCAUGUUUACAUCCACCACUUUGACAGCAUCUGCAACAUGGGAGCUGAGGCUCAUGUCAACACCUGCUACAAACACUACUACUACUUCAUCUCUGAGUUUAGUCUCAUCGAACACUCCGAACUGGAGCCACUGAGAGCCAUGACAGAACGGAUCUGUAACUGAAGCAGGUGGACAGUGAAAUAACCCCUAAAAGCUGACUGCCCACGUUCAUACAUCAAUGAUCCAAGCAUCUGAUAUUUUUAAACCUUCAUUUUUAAUGUAUAUUUGACCUAAGGUUCACCUUGGUGUAUUAGGAUAUUAUCCUACUAAAUGAGCGGAGGUAGAGCUGUAGCAGACUUGAUAUUCCUGGUGCUUUUAAAAAAAUGUGCUUUUAUGGUUAAAGGAUGCUAUAUGAGCCAAUAUCAUUACAUUUCUUUUCUUUUCUUUCUUUUUUUUUUACACAUCAGACUACAAAAGAACCUUCAAAUAGAUAGGAUCAUCUUUUGUCAACUUUGUACGUUGCUUUAAACUACAAAAGGUCUGCCAGUGACAAAAAUUUGAGGGUUUUUUUGAGUUUUUAUGUAGCAUAUUUACAUGUCUGAGAUUUGAAGUCUGAAAUCUAACUCGAAAAUACUCAGUGUUAUCAGUUUUGCCCCUGAGGAGUAUACUGACUUUGUGCUUUUUGGAACUGUGCUGGGGCAUGUUAAACGCCUGGGUACUCAGAGCAGCUUGAAAAACGACAUUCUUGUUCUCUCUAAUGCAAAUACCACUGUCAAAGGGCUGACUGUGGCAUUUCUAUUGCUUGUAUCAUAGAUUUUAUGUGAAUGCAUACUGUUCUUGUGUUAUUUUAUUUAUACAUCAUUUUACAACCACAUAUAAAUUAAAUCAUUAUCCUAAGAAUUUAUUUUUAAAACCAGCUGAACAACCAAACAUGUUGUUCAAGUUUGCCUAAUCUUUCUGUUAUUAGUCUCAAAGUGAGCUUUAUUGUGUCUUUAAUAGUACAGCAGCAUGCAGACCAAGUCCUAACACUCAUUUAUAUUAUAAUUUAUUUUCUGGCUAUUAGACUUGUAAAAUUCAUUGUAAAUAUAAAGAGCUUAUGUGAGUGUCAUGUAAAGGAAGACAGAUGAUACUGCGUUGCCCCACAUGAACUGAAAUUUAUGGCCCCCUGGUGUCCAAAGUUGAAAUGGGUGCUUUUGUAUCUUUACUGUGUAUAUAGUAUUUCAGAAACAUCUUGCAUGAGAGUCAUUUGUAUUUAUGCUUUCAGAUAAGUAAAUAGUUUUUGUAUUAUUAUUAUUAUUAUUAUUAUUGUUAUUAUUAUUAUUAUUAUUUCAUGUUCAGCAUAAAAUAAAUAUUUGAUAUUGGUUAAGACAAGGAUCUUAAAUUUCAAUAUUUAUUAAACAGUGCAUACAAACCAAACAUUCAUUCAUUCAUCUUUAAUCACCACUUUAUUCUGGUCAAUGUUACAAUAAAUCAAAGGACUAUCCCAGCAAUAGUGGGCACGAGGCAGGAACACACACUGGAUGGGACAGGAGUCCACAACAGGGCAUCAUGAACACACAUUCACACCUCGGGCUGGUUUUAGAGUAGUCAAUCUACCUACCUGUAUUUUGGGAAGUAAGAGGAAACCAGAGAACCUAGAGAAACUCACAUAGACACAGGAAGAAUUUAAAAGCUCAGAAUUGAA